GCUCUCGGCGCCCAGCCUUGCAGCCGCCCUGCCCGCACGCAGCACCUCCCCAGCCUUGCAGCCGCCCUGCCCGCACGCAGCACCUCCCCAGCCUUGCAGCCGCCCUGCCCGCACGCAGCACCCUUUCCGCGGCUCUGCAGAUGCGGGUGGCCUGCGGGGGGCGCUGCCCUGCGAGCAUCUGCUGCGGACACUGCACCCCUGGUGGACUAGGAUCGAGAACCCCGACGCCCUCCCACCCGGCCCGCAGCACUCCGUGGCGCCGCGCGAGGCCCGUGGCACCUGCCUGGAGCGCAGGGCGGGGCGCCCGGCUGAAGACUCGACCCGCCCCGACCCGCCCUCCCGGCCGCCCCGUCGGGGAAACCCUCGAGCAGCUAGGCGACUGUGGCUCGGCCUCUGCAAGACAGGGAACAUAAAAGGAGCAAAGAGGGACCACAAGGGACCACAAGGCAGUGCCUGGAAGUGGGAGCUGGAGAGAUCUGGGUGAUUCAAAGGAGGCCUUCCUGGAAGGGGCUAAGGCCCCAGGUGUGGCCACCCUGGCAUAUCAAUCUAUUUCCAAGCAUCCAGAGCUGACCCUGCUGGGUGGAUGAUGAGGCUCCUGCGCAGAGGCCGACUGCGCCUGGCUAUGCUGGGCAGUGUCUUCAUGCUCUUCCUCUUCAUGAGGCAAAGGGACGUAAGCAGCAGGGAGCAGGCCACAGAGAAGCCAUGGCUGAAGUCCCUGGUGGGCCAGAAGGAUCAUGUCCUGGAACUCAUGCUAGACGCUGUGAACAAGCUGCAGAUCAGGGCCCCAGAGCCCCAGCAGACCGUGGUCUCCAGAAAUCAGUCCUGUCUCCCAGGGUUCUACACCCCUGCUGAGCUGAAGCCCUUCUGGGAACGCCCAGUGCAGGACCCCAACAGCCCUGGAGCAGAUGGGAAACCAUUUCAGAAGAAAGAGUGGACCCCUCUAGAGACACAGGAAAAGGAACAGGGCUAUAAAAAGCACUGUUUCAAUGCCUUUGCCAGUGACCGCAUCUCUCUGCAGAGGUCCCUGGGGCCAGACACCCGGCCCCCUGAGUGUGUUGACCAGAAGUUCCGGCGUUGCCCGCCGCUGCCCACCACCAGUGUGGUCAUUGUAUUCCACAAUGAGGCCUGGUCCACACUGCUUCGCACAGUAUAUAGCGUUCUUCACACCAGCCCUGCCAUCUUGCUGAAGGAGAUAAUCCUGGUGGAUGAUGCCAGCACCGAGGAGUACCUGAAGGAGAAGCUGGAGCACCAUGUGCAGCAGCUGCAGAUCGUGAGGGUGGUGCGGCAGGAGGAGCGGAAGGGGCUCAUCACUGCCCGGCUGCUGGGGGCCAGCGUGGCACAGGCCGAGGUGCUCACGUUCCUGGAUGCCCACUGUGAGUGCUUCCAUGGCUGGCUGGAGCCUCUUCUGGCUCGAAUCGCUGAGGACAAGACAGCGGUGGUAAGCCCGGAUAUCGUCACCAUCGAUCUUAACACUUUCCAGUUCUUCAGGCCUGUACAGAGGGGCAGAGUCCACAGCCGUGGCAACUUUGACUGGAGCCUUACUUUUGGCUGGGAGACUCUUCCUGCACAUGAGAAGCAGAGACGCAAAGAUGAAACCUACCCUAUCAAGACCCCAACAUUUGCUGGUGGCCUCUUCUCCAUCUCCAAGGCCUACUUUGAGCACAUUGGUACCUAUGAUAAUCAGAUGGAGAUCUGGGGAGGAGAGAACGUGGAAAUGUCCUUCCGGGUAUGGCAAUGUGGGGGUCAGCUGGAGAUCAUCCCCUGCUCUGUGGUAGGCCACGUGUUCCGUACAAAGAGCCCCCACACCUUCCCCAAGGGUACUAGUGUCAUCGCACGCAACCAAGUGCGCCUGGCCGAGGUCUGGAUGGACAGCUACAAGAAGAUUUUCUACAGGAGAAAUCUACAGGCAGCAAAGAUGGUCCAGGAGAAUUCCUUCGGUGACAUUUCGGAGCGACUGCAGCUGAGGGAACAGCUCCACUGCCACAACUUUUCCUGGUACCUGAACAACAUCUACCCAGAGAUGUUUGUUCCAGACCUGAAUCCCACCUUUUAUGGAGCCAUCAAGAACCUUGGCACCAAUCAGUGUCUGGAUGUGGGUGAGAACAACCGUGGAGGGAAGCCCCUCAUCAUGUACAUCUGCCAUGGCCUUGGCGGCAAUCAGUACUUCGAGUACACAACCCAGAGGGACCUUCGUCACAACAUUGCGAAGCAGCUGUGUCUACAUGCCAGGGCUGGCAUGCUAGGCCUUAGAAACUGUCACUUCAUUGGAAAAAAUAGCAAAGUGCCCAAGGAUGAGGAAUGGGAAUUGACCCAGGAUCAGCUCAUCAGAAACUCAGAAACUGGUACCUGCCUGACAUCCCAGGACAAAAAGCCAGCCAUGGCCCCCUGCAAUCCUAGUGACCCCCACCAGCUCUGGCUGUUUGUCUAGCACCCCCAUCAUCCCCAGUGCAAACCCAACAAGUCUCUUAGGAACCAGGGUCACUGGGCAUCUGGGAAUCUUAUCACCAGCUCCUCAAGGUCUGACAAAUCAAUUUCCAAGCCAGUGGAUGUCAAGGCAGGAUCCUACUCUUCAUAACAAUGUUGGGCCAGUUUUCUCCCUCUACAUUGGUGGAAGAGACCAGGAGGUCACAUGCUACUUGGCUCAGGGCUUUCCUUCUCUCCUAGAAAUGGAGGACUCCAAAGCAACAAGAGCAACCUGCAAAUGUGUUCCACAGAGGGACUGGAGGCUAAAAAGAUUCUCUCUUGCUACCGUUACCCUGGGUGUCAAACUCUUUAUGAUUUACACAAAGUGCCUUGCCAAGUGUCUUUUAUCCUACUUCAUUUGCACAAUAAUCCAUGAAAAAGACAGGACAGGAGCUACCAUGCCCAUUUUUACAGAUGAGAAAACUGAGGCUGGACUGGGGUAAGUUCAGGGCAACAUGUCCACGGCCCUGGGUUUGAUCCCUGGUGCCACAGAAAACAGAAAAGAACGAAGAGGAAAGCAAAGAAGAGGCAGAAAGAGGUUGAGGGCUUUUCUGAAGUCACAGCUGGCAGGUGGCCCAAGCUGGGGCUGAGAUACCAUCUGUGGUGCUGAGCCGGGGCUCCUUCCACCACACAAGAACACUAGACAGCAAUCCACCAGCCUUGCUGUUCUUUACCUGAUUCUGAUCAUUUCUAACUGUUUGGCCUCCAGAAAGCCAACAACUGAGCCAGGUUAACAGGCUGAGAGAUCACAUUGGGAAUCCUGGGAUGUCAAUGUUGAAAGAAGUUCAUGGGUCCUUACAGUCAGUGAUUUAAGUUUAAAGACCCCCCCCUUUUUUUUUCUAAAAAGCAAAGCAGGAGCUAAGUGCAAUGCCAUAGGCAUAUAAUCUUAGUACUCAGAGACUGACACAGGAGCCUCCUGAGGUCAAGGCCAGCCAUGGCUACAGAGUGAGA